AUGGAGGCUCCGGACUCUGUUAACAAGUCACCUAGAGGGAGAUGGGGAUCCGAAAGCAUUUUGGAGGAUGAUGCAUAUGAGCUGGAAAGUGAAAGAUAUAUGAUGGGUGAAGAAGAGUACUGCAGAAGAAUAGAGAAGAAACGAAUUGUCAAAGAAGUAAGCAAAGAAUUCAAUAGGGACUAUCAACAUGGAAGUCGUGAGUCUACAAGGGAGCAUAAAUCUAGUUACAACAGACGCGGGAGAGAGAUAGAUAGGGACCGAGAGUUAGCUAGAGAAAAACACAGGAAAAGGGACGGAUAUAGUGAUAGGUCCAGCAGGAAGCGGAUAUCUGAUGACCUUGAUGGCGAUGAUCGUGCAUACCAUAGACGUAAUAGACAUUGUGAGACUGACAUGGAAAGAGAUAGGACAGCUAAGAAGCAAAAAACUGUAGAGACAGAAAGUGAGAAACAAAAGGAUGAAGUUGAACAAGAGGCUUAUCAGGAAAGAAUUGCUUUCCAACUUUCUCAACAGGAAGAAGAAGAAGAAGAACUUGAUAGAAUUAAGGAGGAGAGCAGAAGGCGGAAGCAAGCUAUUCUUGAGAAAUAUAAGAAUCAGCUUUCACACAAGGAACAAGUUACUCAAUCCGGAGACAACACUGUGGAUCAGUCUACUGACAAGCGUGCAGCUGGAGAUAAUGUUGUACCAGAGUCCAUUGAAUAUCUCCAACAGCAUCAUAACGACCGAGUUAAGCAACAGAGUAAUGAGAGGUCAGCGGACAUGUUCCGCGAUGAUAUAUUUGAAGAAUCACCUGCUGCCAUCACGAAGGGCAAAGGAGAUGACCUGCCGAUUGAGCGUGAUUUCCUUUAUGAUAACUGGAAUGAUCCGGAAGGGUAUUAUAGCUAUCGCUUCGGAGAAAUUCUUGAUGGUCGUUAUGAGAUUCUUGCUGCUCAUGGGAAAGGCGUCUUUUCUACUGUUGUUUGGGCUAAAGAUCUUAAAGCUAGACCUGGCGAUCCAGAGGAAGUAGCAAUAAAGAUCAUUCGUAAUAAUGAAACGAUGUAUAAAGCGGGUGAGGAAGAGUUCAAAAUAUUGAAGAAGCUAGUUGGUGCAGAUCCUGAAGACAAGUGCCACUGUGUUCGUUUAAUUUCUAGGUUCGAGUACCGUUAUCAUCUUUGUUUAGUUUUUGAGUCUCUUCAUAUGAAUCUCCGUGACCUCCAGAAGAAAUUUGGGCGUAACAUUGGACUCAGCCUCGAUCGUGUGUGGCUUUACGCAAAGCAACUUUUCAGUGCUUUGAAGCAUCUAAAGAGUUGCGGCGUGCUCCAUUGUGAUAUUAAACCUGACAACAUCUUGGUAAAUGAAGCGAAAGAUGAGCUGAAGCUUUGUGACUUUGGUAGUGCUAUGUUUGCUGGUAAAAUCGAAAAUACUCCAUACCUCGUGAGCCGUUUUUAUCGCGCCCCAGAGAUCAUACUUGGCUUGCCAUACGAUCAUCCAGUGGAUAUUUGGUCAGUAGGUUGCUGUUUGUUUGAGCUUUAUGCUGGGAAAGUCUUAUUUCCAGGUUGUUCUAAUAAUGAAAUGCUCCGUCUUCAUAUGGAACUGAAAGGUCCAUUUCCGAAGAAGAUGCUUAAAAAGGUUGCAUUUACACAUCAACAUUUUGACCAAGAUCUCAACUUCCUUGCCCUGAAGACUGAAGAGGAUCUUGUUACACUGAAGGCCAUAAUAAGGAAGCUGAUUGUCAACAAUAUCAAGGCGAAAGGUUUCAGUUCAAUAAUUUCAGGUUAUCCGGGUGAGGAAUUAAAGACGUUGGCUCACUUUAAAGAUCUAAUGGAGAGAAUCUUUGUGUUAGAUCCCGUAAAGAGAAUCACUGUUUCCCAGGCAUUAGAACAUCCAUUCAUCACAACAAGUGAACGACAACGACAACGACAAUGA